AUGAAGUCAUUCAGUCAUCAAGCUCAAACCAAACGUAUGAAUUAUAUUAAAGGUAAAUUUGGAUUAAUUAAUUCAUCUGAGCUUACCCGUACUAUUCCCGUUACUUUUGAUGAAGCACAAUUGCAGUCAGCUGAAAGUUCAUUAAAAAAAGAAGAAAUAAUAUUCACGAUUGAAACAUUAAUUGAAUCCCUAAAUGAAGCUAAACGGCCACAAUUUAGGGGAUUAAGAUCAAAAAGAAAGGAUGAAUUAUUAACAAUUUUGCAGCAACUUCGAGAUCUUCAUAAUAUAACUGAUACUGAUGAAAUCGAAGAGGAAGAGACAAUAUAG